AGGUACACACACACCGCGAGCAGAGAAGUCAGACUCAGAGACUCGGAGAGAGGCGCAGAAUGCGGUGAAAAUGGCGACUCUCAUAAAAGCAUUAAGAGUUCCAAACACAGUAAAUAAUGUGGCAAAGUUACUAAAGAACCUGUCGUUAAACAAAAAUGCAGCCUCACCGACAUACACUGCCCUCCAUAGGAUACCAACGUUUCACCGAGUUGCUUUGUUGCACACGACGGCCAGGAAUCAUGAUUUGAUGGAGUUCUUUGACGAUGAAAAGAACUGGAACAAAAACAAAAUCCAGCAUGGGCGCUCGUGGAAAGCUGAUGAACUUCGAAACAAGAGUAACGAAGAUUUGCACAAAUUAUGGUAUGUUCUAUUGAAAGAAAGAAACAUGCUGAUGACCAUGGAGCAUGCUUGUAAUGAGGCCUACGAACUGUUUCCUAGUCCAGAAAGGAUUGACAAAGUACAAGAGAGUAUGAAAAAUAUUGAGACUGUUGUACGUGAAAGAAAUGAGGCUUAUUAUCAAUUGGAAACUGGAGAAACUGGUGAACGACCUACGAAAUAUGUUUGGAAUAUACUGGGAAUGAAGCAAUUUUACAGAUUAAAGCAGCAUCUCAUACCCAAGCAUCUUAAUACCAAAUGGAAACAGAGACAUCUUUUCGGUUACGGUGGACAUGCAGUCAGGAAAUUCCAGAAGUUGUAUCGUGAGAAAUUAUGGAAUGAGAAACGCAGGGCUCAAAAUCGUGAGAAGAAUGCUGUCAUAAGUUUACUCAAGAAAUUCCCUAAUGUUGACAUAGAUACGCUUAAAGAAAAAUACCCAAGUGUUGACAUGGAUAAAAUAUUCAGGUCUAGGAAGGUUAAAUUCUUAAGAGUAGCUUCGCGCUACGAAUAGAGUAUUUUUUAUAAUUGCUCAACUAAACUAUAUGUAAAAAGUAUAAUACACAACAUUUAUAGAAAGUCGCUUUUAUUUUAUUGAUAUCUUGAUUAAAAAAAAGAAUAAAAAAUUGUUUUAUUCAAAAAAUGCUGAAUUUUUGUAUCAUAAUCAUCAUUUGUUUAUUAUGUUUGUUCUAGUAUAGCAUUUUUAAACACAUGUUGAAGAUGUGAUGACUAAAUUUUGAUUAAAUGAAGUUUUCACUCACUUUUUUAAAGGAAAUAAUCAGUAAUCACAACACAUGAAAACUGCCGUUAUUUAAUAUAAGUAAUAUAUAUUUUAAAAAACCGUUGUAAAUUAGGGAAAAAAGGGAAUAAAUUGUGUAAAUUAAAUUGACUAGUUCAUUCAUACAAUUUUAUUAUUGAGUUUCGAUUAUAAUCGAUACAUCUUUGAUAAUCGGUUACCACUGGUUAGAAUGUGCUCAACGGGUACAUAGGCGAAAGACCUACAGAAGCACCGGCGUGAGAAGUCUCAACGCUUGUGUAGCCGAUGUACGAUGAAACUCAAUACAUUAUUAUGCAAAAAUUUAUGCCAUUAUACAUCCAUUGCAUCGAGAUUUAUUAUAUAUAAGUAGA